AUGGAGGAAGAGAGCAACGAGUGCCAUGACCAUAUCACUUCUCUCGCCGUUCUUCGUACUCAUCGGAAACUCGGUCUCGCCACUAAGCUCAUGACCGCCGCUCAUGCAGCCAUGGAACAGGUUACUCAAUCUUUUACAUUCGUUUUCCUUAUUUUCGUCAUCGAAGCAGUGUUGUAUGAUUUUGCUGUAGUCCAAGGUAGUCAUGAAUUCAUGAAUUCAGGUUUUGCUGCAGCACGUAUAAGUCUUUCGUGA